AUGGAACCUGCGGUACGGAAGCCAGAAGUGAGCUUCCACAGCCAACGCAGCAUGCCCUCCAAGCAGCAGCGAGUGCCCUCGAAGCUGAAGGCCACCCCCAGGGAUGAGCUUCACGACCUGCUUUGCGUGGGUUUCGGUCCUGCCUCUUUGGCGAUCGCAAUUGCCUUGCAUGAUGCUCUGGACCCUUGUCUGAACAAGUCUGCUCCUGCGCCUGGAUCGCAGCCCAAGGUCUGCUUUGUCGAGCGCCAGAAGCAGUUCGCUUGGCACUCGGGCAUGUUGGUCCCUGGUUCCAGGAUGCAGAUCUCUUUCAUCAAGGAUCUGGCGACCCUUCGUGAUCCUCGCAGCAGCUUCACCUUCCUCAACUAUUUGCACCAGAAGGAUCGUCUGAUCCAUUUCACGAAUCUGGGGACGUUCCUUCCGGCCCGCUUGGAGUUCGAAGACUAUAUGCGGUGGUGUGCGCAACAGUUCUCCGAUGUCGUGUCUUAUGGAGAGGAAGUUGUCGAUGUGACUCCCGGAAAGACGGACCCUACCAGCUCGGUGGUCGACUUUUUCACCGUCCGCUCUCGCAACGUUGAGACGGGUGAGAUCAUCGCGAGAAGAGCGCGCAAGGUGGUGACUGCACUUGGUGGCUCAGCAAAGAUGCCCCCAGGCCUGCCCCAGGACCCCCGCAUUAUGCACUCCUCGAAGUACUGCACCAACCUGCCCCACCUGCUGAAGAACCCGAACGAACCCUACAACAUUGCCGUGCUGGGAAGUGGCCAGAGUGCUGCUGAGAUCUUCCACGACUUGCAAAAGAGAUACCCCAACUCGAAGACAACACUGAUCAUGAGAGAUUCGGCUAUGCGGCCUAGUGACGACUCUCCUUUUGUGAAUGAGGUCUUCAACCCCGAACGUGUCGACAAGUUCUAUAACCUCUCUGCCGAAGAGCGCCAGCGUUCCCUCAAAGCCGACAAGGCCACCAACUACAGUGUGGUCCGCCUUGAACUCAUUGAGGAGAUCUACCACGACAUGUACGUCCAGCGGGUCAAGAACCCCGACGAGAAGCAAUGGCAGCACCGCAUCCUCCCCGGACGCAAGAUCACGCGAGUCGAACACCAUGGACCUCAGAGUCGGAUGCGGAUUCACGUGAGGGCGACCAAGGAUGGUUCGGACAGCCUUGUCGGCGACGGCAAGGAGACACUGGAGGUGGAUGCACUCAUGGUAGCGACCGGCUACUACCGCAACGCGCAUGAACAGCUCUUGAGCAAUGUGCAGCAUCUGCGACCGGAGGGCCAGGAGGAAUGGAAGCCGAGCCGGGAUUACCGGGUCGAGAUGGAUCCCAGCAAGGUCAGCCCCUAUGCUGGAAUUUGGCUGCAGGGCUGUAACGAGAAGACACACGGACUGAGCGACAGUCUUUUGUCGGUGCUGGCAGCACGCGGUGGAGAGAUGGUGGAGUCGAUCUUUGGCGAGCAGCUUGCGGGUGCAACGGUGCCGGUCACGAAGUUGCGCGCUAUGCUGUAA